AACUGCCUAUUACCAACACCAACCACAUUUUUGUUUCUGCUUUACAUUCUCACCAACUACCAACCCUUUUGUUCUUCUUUACUUCAAACACUCUCAAUUUCACUCAUCACUCAACAAUGGCUGCCAAGACCUUCACUUUGUCUGAAGUCUCCAAGCAUAACACUCCCAAGGACUGUUGGCUAGUUAUCCAUAACAAGGUUUAUGAUGUGACAAAGUUCUUGGAGGACCACCCCGGUGGCGACGAUGUCUUAGUGUCUUCCACAGGGAAAGAUGCAUCCGAUGAUUUCGACGAUGUCGGUCACAGCAUAACCGCAACAUCGUUGCUGGACGACUUUUAUGUCGGAGACAUUGAUUCAUCGACCAUCCCUUCUAAGGUUGAGUACACUCCUGCAAAACAGCCUCACUAUAAUCAGGACAAGACGUCCGAUUUCAUCAUCAAGAUCCUCCAAUUUCUAGUUCCGUUGUUCAUCUUGGGCGUUGCAGUUGGUAUUCGUUUCUACAACAAAUCAACAUAAUCAUUUAAUCCGCAAGAGGACUUAAAAUUUUUAGCCGCAUUUGCAAUAAAUAUGUUAUUUUUGACUGUUGAAAGAAUUUGCAGUAUCAUUCUGUGCUUGUUUGGUUUUUCGUUGUAAUUUUUCUGUUAAAGCCCCAUAUUGUCUUUCGCUGUCGUUCAUAUGGUACUAGAAUCGGAACAGUUUUAUGGAGUUUUCACAGUAUAAAGUUUUGGUCUGGUGGAGUUUAA